AUUGGUUAAUCAAAAUGGCGAUUAAUGAACCUCCGAACUUGUUAGAAUGGCAACUGCAUUGUGUUUUAAAAAGAGCGAACCUUCUGCAGUAUUAUGACAGUUUCAUUAGACAAGGUGAAUGCAAUGUACUGCAGUUAUCUGAAUCAGACGAUGAUAAAUUCAAAGACGUCAUGGAGAAAGUUGGAAUGGCAAAGAAAUCGAUACAUGUGCGACAGUUCAAAAACUCGCUCCUUGAAUGGGUUAAAGAUCCAGGAAAGGACACGCAUGUACCUAGCUACAUAACGAAAGCUGUUAUUUCGACAAUGUCACCAGCCCCAUCUGGCUCGAAGCCUGACAAAGUGUCACUGUCACAGUCUGGGAAGUCUUCUGUGGUACACAAUUCAUCCCUGAUUCAACGGAAGGACACACAAAAACAAGAAGGACUAAUGGUUAAAUCCGAGAAGAUACAAGUCAAUCUGAAAGAAGAAACCACGCAAAAACAAACACAAAGUGAAGUCAAAGAUCAAGAACACCAUGACCUUACUGGUUACUAUGAUGAGUUAUUAGAUAACACAGUACUUGACAAGAUGGUUUUAGAUAGCCUCAUUUCCAGAUGUAUUAUUAUGAUAGAAGACAGAGAAGAAAUUAUCAAACCAACAACACAACGUGAACGUAACAAGGUGCUACUGGAUAUAUUGACUGAACGACCAUAUCCUACCUUCCAUUUGUUUAAGGAUGUCUUACAGGAAUCUGAACCUAACAAUAGUUGUGUGCAAGAGAUUCUAAAAACAAUGAUGAGAACUAAAAGCAGAGACGAACACAUUAGUUUCCAAGAACAGGAUAUUGUUUUAAAUAAACCCAAAGUUAAACUACAAAAGAAUUACAUGAUGUUUGUCCAUGGUGUUGACUCCAAAACAGACAUAGCUGACCACCUGUAUCAAUCUGAAAUUAUAAGUACUGAGGAAAAAGAGGAAAUUUGUAAUUCUUCACUCACUCAACAGGAAAGUAAUAGACUUUUAUACAACAAAUUGAUUCGCAAAGGUGGAGAUGCAUACACACACCUUCUUGAAGCUGUAAGACACGGAAAAUACCAGGAUGUUGCUUCAGAAAUGGAGAAGACAGAAUUGUCAGAUCAAGAUAUACAAUUGUGUCAAAUAGGAAUGAAGAAACUCAAAGACAGACAUGAGAAAAAAGAUAUUCUGAUGGAUCACGAUGACGUUAUUCCAAAAAAUAUACUUGAGCAGUUCGAAAAACGCUUGGAACAGUGGAAAAAGGAUGAUCAACAGUUUGUUAGCACUGAAGCAGAGAAACAUGUAAUGCAAAAAGUUUUGACACAAAGUUCCGUUACCCUGGUUGGAAAUUCUGGCACUGGAAAAAGUUUUCUUUCUAAACACAUUGCCCUCAUAAUGAAGAAACAUGGCUAUACUGUAAUUCCAUGUAGUAAACCAGAAGAUAUUGGAAAAUGGUUUAAACAUGGGAGGAAAACUUUGUUUGUAUUUGAUGACGUCUGUGGCCGAUAUACUCUUAAUCAACAAAUUUACACUGACUGGAAACAAAGACUUGAUCACAUAAUAUCUCUUCUUGAAGACAAAUGCUGUAAAAUCAUCUCUACAUGUAGAUUGGAGGUUUACAAAGAUGAACUAUUUAGCAAUCUCUCUAUUUUCAAAAUGUGUAACAUGGAUUUAAGUUCAAUAGAAUUCAAACUUAGUGCUGCUGAAAAAUUUGCUUUAGCUGAAGUUUACUUGAAGAAAAAUACUGAUGAAGUAAAGGAAUUGUCAGACAAAUAUGACUUUUUCCCACUUUUAUGUAGCUUAUAUCAUAAACAGAACCUCCAGAAGAAUGUUAGUGUUACCUCUUUUUUUAGCAAUCCUUUUGAAGUUUUCAAAGAUCAACUUGUACAAAUGUAUGGAGAAAGUGAUGCUGGUAAGAUGCAGUAUUGUAGCUUAGUCCUUUGUGUAAUGUUUAACAACACAUUAACAGAAGAAAACUUGUCACCAAAAGAUAAGAAGAUAGAAGCAAUGAUAGAAGAUUUACUAGAAGAAUGUGAACUGAAUAAAGGAACAUCUAUCAAACGUUUAAGGAAAUCCCUGGAAACACUUGAAGGUACUUAUGUGGUCAAGGAGGGUACUACAUACAAAAUAAUCCAUGAUAAGUUGUUUGAUUUCCUUGCCAAGUACUUUGGGGAGAAGAUGAUUCAGAUUUUUAUUGAUCAUGCUAAUACUGGUUUCAUUAAAGAGAGAUUUCUUUGGAAGAUAACAGAUAACAUGGGCACAGAAAUAGAGUUUGUUAUUAUAAUACCUGAUAAAUAUAUAGAUAGAUAUAUAGAAAGAUUGAUGAAAGACUGGGAGAAUGGUUAUGUAAACAGUGUAUGUGAUAACAGAAACAUGAAGUCUACAACAUUUACUGAAAAUUUCAUAACACGUUUAAACCAACUUGAUUUAUCAAAACAGGAAGAACUUGUUCGUACUAAAGAUAUUCACAAAAAAAAUAUAGCACUAGGAGGAAGUUGUUAUAUGGGUACUAUUGACCUUGUCAAAUGGUUGAUAAGUAGGAACAGUGACAUUAAUUAUUGUAUAGAGGAUGGUUAUUUCCCUUUAUUAUGGGCAAGUCAGGAAGGACAUGUUGAUGUUGUUAAAGAACUGUUACAACAUUCAGCUGAUGUCAAUAAGUGUAACAAGAAUGAUAUAUCACCUCUGUAUAUAGCAAGUCAUAAUGGACAUGUUAAUGUUGUAAAAGAACUGUUACAACAUUCAGCUGAUGUCAAUAAGUGUGACAAUAAUGGUGUAUCACCUCUGUAUAUAGCAAGUCAGAAUGGACAUGUUAAUGUUGUUAACGAACUGUUACAACAUUCAGCUGAUGUCAAUAAGUGUAACAAUGAGGAUGCAUCACCUCUGUAUAUAGCAAGUCAGGAAGGACAUGUUGAUGUUGUUAAAGAACUGUUACAACAUUCAGCUGAUGUCAAUAAGUGUACCAAUAAUGAUGCAUCACCUCUGUCUAUAGCAAGUCAGAAUGGACAUGUUAAUGUUGUUAAAGAACUGUUACAACAUUCAGCUGAUGUCAAUAAAUGUAACAAGAAUGAUGCAUCACCUCUGUAUGUAGCAAGUCAGAAUGGACAUGUUGAUGUUGUUAAAGAACUGUUACAACAUUCAGCUGAUGUUAAUAAAUGUAACAAUAAUGAUGUAUCACCUCUGUAUAUAGCAAGUCAUAAUGGACAUGUUGAUGUUGUUAAAGAACUGUUACAACAUUCAGCUGAUGUCAAUAAGUGUUACAAUGAUGAUGCAUCACCUCUGUAUAUAGCAAGUGCGAAAGGACAUGUUAAUGUUGUAAAAGAACUGUUUCAACAUUCAGCUGAUGUCAAUAAGUGUUACAAUGAUGAUGCAUCACCUCUGUAUAUAGCAAGUGAGAAUGGACAUGUUGAUGUUGUUAAAGAACUGUUACAACAUUCAGCUGAUGUCAAUAAGUGUGACAAUAAUGGUGUAUCACCUCUGUCUAUAGCAAGUGAGAAAGGACAUGUUAAUGUUGUAAAAGAACUGUUUCAACAUUCAGCUGAUUUCAAUAAAUGUGACAAUAAUGGUGUAUCACCCCUGUUUAUAGCAAGUCAGAAUGGACAUGUUAAUGUUGUAAAAGAACUGUUACAACAUUCAGCUGAUGUUAAUAAGUGUGACAAAAAUUGUGUAUCACCUCUGUAUAUAGCAAGUGAGAAAAGACAUGUUAAUGUUGUUAAAGAACUGUUACAAUAUUCAGCUGAUGUUAAUAAAUGUGACAAUGAUGGUACAUCACCUCUGUAUAUAGCAAGUGAGAAUGGACAUGUUGAUGUUGUUAAAGAACUGUUACAACAUUCAGCUGAUAUCAAUAAAUGUAACAAGAAUGAUGUAUCACCUCUGAAUAUAGCAAGUGAGAAUGGACAUGUUAAUGUUGUUGAAGAACUGUUACAACAUUCAGCUGAUGUUAAUAAAUGUGACAAUGAUGGUACAUCACCACUGUAUAUAGCAAGUCAGAAUGGACAUGUUGAUGUUGUUAAAGAACUGUUACAACAUUCAGCUGAUGUCAAUAAGUGUGACAAUAAUGAUGCAUCACCUCUGUAUAUAGCAAGUCAGACUGGACAUGUUGAUGUUGUUAAAGAACUGUUACAACAUUCAGCUGAUGUCAAUAAGUGUGACAAUAAUGAUGCAUCACCUCUGUAUAUAGCAAGUCAGAAUGGACAUGUUGAUGUUGUUAAAGAACUGUUACAACAUUCAGCUGAUGUCAAUAAGUGUGACAAUAAUGAUGCAUCACCUCUGUAUAUAGCAAGUCAGACUGGACAUGUUGAUGUUGUUAAAGAACUGUUACAACAUUCAGCUGAUGUCAAUAAAUGUAACAAGAAUGAUGUAUCACCUCUGUAUAUAGCAAGUGCGAAAGGACAUGUUAAUGUUGUAAAAGAACUGUUUCAACAUUCAGCUGAUGUCAAUAAGUGUUACAAUGAUGAUGCAUCACCUCUGUAUAUAGCAACUGAUGUCAAUAAGUGUGACAAUAAUGGUGUAUCACCUCUGUCUAUAGCAAGUGAGAAAGGACAUGUUAAUGUUGUAAAAGAACUGUUUCAACAUUCAGCUGAUUUCAAUAAAUGUGACAAUAAUGGUGUAUCACCCCUGUUUAUAGCAAGUCAGAAUGGACAUGUUAAUGUUGUAAAAGAACUGUUACAACAUUCAGCUGAUGUUAAUAAGUGUGACGACAAUAAUAAAUCACCUUUGUAUAAAGCCACUGAUGUCAAUAAGUGUGACAAUAAUGAUGCAUCACUUCUGUAUAUAGCAAGUCAGACUGGACAUGUUGAUGUUGCUAAAGAACUGUUACAACAUUCAGCUGAUGUCAAUAAAUGUAUGAAUGAUGGCACCCCACCAUUACAGAUUGCUUGUUACAACAACAUGAUAGAGGUUGCACGUGUACUUCUUCAGUGUGAUGAUGUUGAUAUUGAUCUAUGUGAUGAUGAUGGAUGUUCCUCACUUUACUGGGCCAGUCACAAUGGACAUGUUGAUAUUGUUAGAGAACUGUUACAACAUUCAGCUGAUGUCAAUAAAUGUGACUUUAAAGGUAAAAAUUCCCUGAAUGUAGCACAGGAGAAAGGACAUAUAGAAAUUGAAUCAUUGUUGAAAGAAAAAGGAGCAAAUCAACAUUGA